AUGCAAAAACCAAACAAAGUAAGAGAAUGGCACAGAGAGAGAGAGAGCGUCGGAAACUCACCGGAGUUGAGAAAAGAGAGAGAGAGAGGAAAAGGAGGAGAUAGGUCACCGUCAAAGCUCACGUCGAGGCCUAACUGCCUCUUUGACUGGAAUCUGUCUUCGUCUUCGUUUGUGGGGAAACACCUCACGGUUUAUAUGGUUCUCUGGUUUUACUGUAAUUUUUUAGAAACUUUAAGGUCAUUUGAACUUUCUAUUCUUAUUUAUUUACGUAAAAGCCCUUCAAAUUUAGCUAAAUUGCUACUAAUUUGUGAAGAAAAGAGUAUUUUGGUCAUUUUGUUUUCUGCGGAAAAGACUUUUAUACCCAAACUAAACAUUUUAGGGGUAUAA